UCCAUGUUGCGGCGCUGCGUGGCACUGGGCACUCACUGACUGUCUCACUGCUCCACACGCACACAUACACGCAGAUACGCAUGACUUUAGUUGUGAAUGGCCCAGACGCUUGACACACUGGGUGGGCGAGAAGCAGCCGUGAGUCCGGCUCUGCUACCUGCUGCAGACCGAGCUUGCGCCGGGAGCACCCCGGGGUGUCGCUACUGUGACUGCACCCUGCGUUUGGACUGAAUGUGGCCGCUUUGAUCGGUGCAGUUAUUUUCGGAGUCACUCUCUGUAAGCUAUUUCGGAGCGACUGGAAACGCGCAGACUGGUAAUUUGGAGUGAGGAGCCGCACGGAGCGCUGCAGCAGCAGCAUCAGCAGGCAGACAAGGAACCGGAGCAACAGCAGCAGCAGCAGAGAAGAAACGACUGUGAUGCCAAAGCUGGUCAGAAAAACAAAGGUUCAAGUCUAGAAAAGAGAGCUGCUGGGUGUCCCCUCUGGAGAGGGUUUGGGACUGUGGUUCAGCCCAGCGAAAUGUAGCGCCUCGCUGCCCUCAAAGCCGGAUUUGUUGUCUGCUCAUGAUUCUUCUGUAGUCGAGUCCAGGGCAUCUGCUGCAGUCAUGUUUAGAAACAGCUUGAAGAUGCUGCUGACGGGGGGGAAGGCAAAUCGCAAGAGUCGCGGCAGUGAUGGUGGGAGCGAGGACUUGGCAGACCCCCGCUCGCCCAGUCUAGACCCUCACCUGAGCCACAUCGGCCAAGGUGGCAGCAUAGACAGCGACUGUGCCUUUGAAGGAGACUACGCCGUGCCCCCACUUUCAAUGACUGAGGGCAUGCAGCAUAUUCGCAUAAUGGAGGGCGUGUCACGCUCUCUGCCCUCCUCCCCGCUGCUCACCCAUCAGACCAUCAGUGUCAGGCUGCAGCCAAUGAAGAAGCUCACAGCCCCUCUGCGGAAAGCAAAGUUUGUGGAGAGCCCUCGCAUUCCACAAUCAGAGCUUGGCUCCCCUACACACACCUCCACCACUGCCAAGAAUCCAGACCUGGACACAUACUGCCCUGGGGAGUCAAGCCAGGAGCUGGGCCCCCCUCCGUCCGUGGAUGAGGCAGCCAACACAUUGAUGACGCGCCUGGGUUUCCUUCUCGGAGACAAACUGAGUGAGGGGCCAGCCGGUACCCAGUACAGCAUGGAGGAACCCGAGGCGAGACAGGGCCAGAACCAGAGGAUCAGCCCGUGUUCCACCCUGACCAGCAGCACUGCCUCCCCACCUGCAGGCAGCCCCUGCUCAACCCUCCCCCCUGCCAUGCCCGGCCAGGCUGGCAACAGGGACUGCGCCUACGGUUCUGUCACUAGUCCCACCUCGACACUGGAGAGCAGGGACAGCGGGAUUAUCGCAACUCUGACCAGCUAUUCGGAGAACAUGGAGCGAGGCAGCAAAUACGGCGAGGGCUCGCGGGGAAACCUGAAACUGUGGCAGUCUCAGAAAUCAGGCAUGGACUCGUUCCUAUACAGGGUGGAUGAAAACAUGACCGCCUCCACCUACAGCCUCAACAAAAUCCCUGAGCGAAACCUGGAGAGCAUGUCCUCCCAUUCUGCCCACUCCAUCCCUCUGUACCUCAUGCCCCGCCCUAAUUCUGUGGCUGCUACCAGUUCGGCCCACCUGGAGGAUCUAGCAUACCUGGAUGAGCAGCGGCACACUCCAUUGCGCACCUCGCUGCGCAUGCCCAGACAGAGCACCACCUGCGGGCCGGGUCGCUCCGGGCAGGAUCUGAGAGUGCGUUUUGCUCCCUAUCGGCCUCAAGACAUCGCCCUCAAACCUCUGCUGUUUGAGGUGCCCAGCAUCACCAUGGACUCGGUCUUCACCGGCCGCGAAUGGCUCUUCCAAGAGAUCGACGCCCACCUCAACAACCCCAACGUCAGCACCAACCAGGGCGUGGUGAUAGUAGGCAACAUCGGCUUCGGCAAGACGGCGAUUAUCUCUCGCUUGGUGGCGCUCAGCUGCCACGGCACCCGCAUGAGACAGAUUGCUUCAGACAGCCCCCAGGCCUCACCCAAACAUGGAGAGGGGCUUCCUCUUACCCAACCCCAGCCUACGCAUGGCACCCUCGGAGGAGGCAGCUGUCCCGGGACCCCAGAGAUGAGGCGACGUCAGGAGGAAGCCAUGAGGAGGCUGGCAUCUCAGGUGGUGGCGUACCACUACUGCCAGGCAGAUAACGCCUACACCUGCCUGGUGCCAGAAUUUGUGCACAAUGUCGCGGCUCUCCUGUGCCGCUCACCGCACCUAGUCGCCUAUAGGGAGCAGCUGCUGAGGGAGCCACACCUGCAGAGCAUCUUGAGUCUGCGGUCCUGCGUCCAGGACCCCCUGGCCUCCUUUAGGAGAGGGGUCCUGGAGCCUUUGGAUGCACUUUACAAAGAGAGGAAGAUUAACUCUGAGGAGGAUCUCAUUAUCCUCAUUGACGGCCUCAACGAGGCUGAGUUCCACAAACCAGACUACGGAGACACCAUCGUCUCCUUCCUCACCAAAACCAUCAAUAAGUUCCCUCCCUGGCUCAAACUGGUGGUCACAGUCAGGACCACGCUACAGGAGAUCACCAACGCGCUGCCUUUUCACCGAAUCUCUCUGGACAGCCUGGAGGAGAAUGAUGCCAUAGACCAGGACCUGCAGGGCUACAUCCUGCACCGCAUCCACAGCAGCCCGGAGAUCCAGAACAACAUCUCACUCAAUGGCAAGAUGGACAACACCACCUUCGGCAAGCUCAGCGCCCACCUCAAGGCCCUGAGCCAGGGAUCCUACCUGUACCUCAAACUCACCUUUGACCUCAUUGAGAAGGGCUACCUUGUCCUCAAAAGCUCCAGCUAUAAGGGCACCCUGGACUGGGAGGAUUUCCAGCAGCGUGUAGAUAACUUGUCGGUCUUCCUCGUGAAGAGGAGGGAUGGCACCAGGAUGUUUGUUCACCCCUCCUUCAGAGAGUGGCUGAUCUGGAGAGAAGAAGGGGAAAAAACAAAAUUCCUCUGCGACCCUAGGAGUGGGCACACCCUUCUGGCCUUCUGGUUCUCUCGGCUGGAGAACAAGCUGAACAGGCAGCAGACGAUUGAGCUGGGCCAUCACAUCCUCAAAGCACAUAUCUUCAAGGGUCUCAGCAAGAAAGUCGGAGUUUCCUCAUCCAUCUUGCAAGGCCUGUGGGUAUCCUACAGCACAGAGGGUCUCUCAGCUGCUCUUUCUUCACUCCGAAACCUCUACACUCCAAACAUCAAGGUGAGCCGGCUGCUGAUGUUGGGCGGCGCCAAUGUGAACUACCGUACAGAGGUGCUGAACAACGCCCCCAUCCUCUGUGUCCACUCCCAUUUGGGCUACAUGGACAUGGUGGCUUUGCUGCUCGAGUUCGGCGCUUCUGUUGACGCACAGUCUGAAAGCGGCCUCACGCCGCUGGGCUACGCUGCUGCUGGCGGGCACAUGACAAUUGUGACCGCACUCUGCCGCAGGAGAGCGAAGGUGGACCACUUGGAUAAGAAUGGUCAGUGCGCGCUGGUUCACGCAGCCCUCAGGGGCCACAUGGAGGUCGUGAAAUAUCUUAUCCAGUGUGACUGGAGUAUGGGGUCGCAGCAGCAGUCACCGCAGACUCAACAACAGUCGAGCUUCACCAAGAGUCACGCAGUCCAGCAGGCUCUUAUCGCUGCAGCCAGCAUGGGAUACACAGAGAUCGUGUCUUACCUGCUGGACCUGCCAGAGAAAGAUGAAGAGGAGGUGGAGCGGGCUCAGAUCAAUAACUUUGACACCCUGUGGGGAGAGACAGCUCUAACUGCAGCCUCUGGUCGUGGGAAGCUGGAGGUUUGCCGUCUGUUACUGGAGCAGGGUGCAGCUGUGGCUCAGCCCAACAGGCGAGGCAUCGUCCCACUGUUCAGCGCCGUCCGGCAGGGACACUGGCAGAUUGUGGACCUUUUACUUACACAUGGAGCAGAUGUGAACCUGGCUGACAAGCAGGGUCGUACGCCUCUGAUGAUGGCUGCCUCAGAAGGACACCUGGGAACUGUUGAGUUUUUACUAGCUCAAGGAGCCUCCCUGUCAUUGAUGGAUAAGGAGGGUCUAACUGCUCUGAGCUGGGCGUGUCUGAAAGGCCAUUUACCUGUUGUCCGCUGCCUGGUGGAGAGCGGAGCCGCCACUGACCACGCGGACAAGAACGGACGCACGCCCCUCGACCUGGCUGCCUUCUACGGCGACUCUGAAGUGGUCCAGUUCUUGGUGGACCAUGGGGCCAUGAUAGAGCACGUAGACUACAGCGGGAUGCGUCCUCUGGACAGAGCAGUGGGCUGCAGAAACACGUCCGUGGUAGUCGCCCUGCUAAAGAAAGGAGCCAAGAUAGGUCCAGCCACGUGGGCUAUGGCCACCUCCAAACCCGACAUCAUGAUCAUCUUACUCAGCAAACUCAUCGAGGAAGGAGACAGUUUUUACAAGAAGGGGAAGGUGAAGGAGGCUGCACAGCGUUAUCAGUACGCUCUCAAAAAGUUUCCACGCGAAGGCUUCAGCGAGGACCUUAAGACAUUCAGGGAACUCAAAGUAUCGCUCUUCCUCAACCUGUCCCGAUGUCGAAGGAAAAUGAACGACUUUGGGAUGGCUGAGGAAUUUGCUACUAAAGCGCUCGAACUGAAACCAAAAUCUUAUGAGGCGUACUACGCCAGGGCACGCGCCAAGCGUAGCAGCAGACAAUUUCCUGAAGCCUUAGAGGACCUGAAUGAAGCCAUAAAGCAGUGCCCCAAUAACAGAGAAAUCCAGCGGCUGCUCCAGAGGGUGGAAGAGGAAUUCCACCAACUUAACCAGGAGGAGCACCAGCAGCAGGACCUGGAGCUGGAGCCUCCUCCCUCACCCCCUCCUACACCUCCCCCAGAAGAGGAAGAGUCCCUGUCUCUGUCCAUGCCUCUCCCCCCUCCACCAGAGCCCCGUCUGGAAGACAUGGAGCCCGUACAGGACUUGUUUGAGGAUGAGGACUACCUGGAGCAGGAGCUGGAAGCCAUGUCGAUGGGUCUGCCCCCACCCGAGUCCCUCUCAAAUCCCUCCAGCCUUCCUAUAAUUCAGAGUCCACCCCUCUCCCCCACACAUCCAGAUCAAAUUUACUUGGCUGGAGGCUCACCCAUGGGCCAGCCCUAUGAAUACCACCCCACCUCUUCCUCCAUGUCCUCCCCAACUCGGGGCUCCUACCAGCCCACGUCACCCUCCCUCUCUCCAACACAUCAGAACUCCCAUUACAGACACAGUCCCCCUCACACCUCCCCAGUACACCAGCCAUCCUACCGCUUCAGCCCACCUCCUAUGGGUACCGGGGGUCAGGGGAUGGAUCACCAGAGCCCACCACCUUCCCCUUUACGUCGGGCUGCUCAGUAUAGAGCCAGUCCACCGUUAGAAAGUGUUUGUCUGUACAGGUCUCAGUCUGGGUCACCUGUGCGCUAUCAGACAGAGCAGCUUCCUGGAAGACCCAAAUCUCCCCUCUCCAAGAUGAGCAGCCAACGUUCUUUCCAGCUGAGUUCGCAGCCCUCUUUAUCCUCGCAACACCACCAAGCCCAAGGCCUCCGUCUGCAGCCUUCCAUAGCCCAAAUAGUCCGCACAAACCAGCCCAGCAACGUAAUGGGAAAUAGUAGUUAUGGUGGCCAGAUGGGCCACUCCAUGGGUGGUCGCUAUCAAGGGGGUUCAGUGGACGUAGAGAGCCGCUUGGUGUACCAACCCUCACUGGAUGGACGGUCAAUGUCCCAAGUCCAGGCCAGCCUCAGUUCUGGGGCCCUCUGUCAGCACGGCGGCCGAGGAGGGGUUAUGGAGUCGAGCCUGUUGAAGGAUGAGCUACCCCAGCGCCCCUCCUCUGCCUACCGCGCCAGCAGUGGGGGCCCGGGGGGCAUCCGUUACAGCCAGACACCUCAGAUAAGCCGCAGCCAGUCAGCCGCCUACUACCCAGUCUCUGAACACGUUCUUGAGCGUGCCAAUGCUAUGCCCCCCUGCCAGCUGGGCUCUCCCGAGAUCCCCCAUAUGGUUAGACGCCCUGUGAGUGCCAAUACUACUGAAAUGAAGCAGCAUGUGCCCACCCCUAGGCCUCUCAUCCAUUCUCAGAGUGUAGGCCUUCGAUUCUCACCUUCCAGCAACAACAUCUCAACUGGAUCCACCUCGAAUUUAGCCCCGGGUUUCAGGCCUUCCUCUUCCAUUCAGCAGAUGGAGAUUCCCUUACAAGCCACAUACGAGCGCACCUGUGAUGACAUCUCUCCCAUCUCCCCCUCCCAGGGUGGUGGGGGGUUGUAUCAGGGAGAGACCACUCGCUCCCGCAAUACGCCUUUUAUGGGGAUCAUAGACAAGACGGCUCGGACUCAGCAGUACCUGCAUCAGCCCUCACGGUCCAGGGCAAUGACAUCUAUGGACUCUGCCAUCAGCCCCACCUCCCCCGGUCAGCUGGUCCAGCAAGGUUCCACCUACAGUCCCCCCGCCUCACUGGGUAAUAUCGCCUACUACAACAAGACCAACAACGCCCAAAACGGACACCUGUUAGAAGAGGAUUACUACUCCCAGACUCAGCCCCCCUCUCUGGGAAAGCUGGCCAAUGGCUCCCGUGGCAGUGGGGAGAUCCUGGAACGGGUCAGCCAGGUGCCCACCUACCCAGACGUGAAGGUGGCGAGGACUCUGCCCGUGGCACAGGCCUACCAGGACAACAUGUACCGACAGCUCUCGCGUGACUCCCGGACCCAAGGCCCCACCUCCCCCAUCAAACCAAAGAGACCAUUUGUGGAGUCGAAUGUGUGAUGGCCUGUCUGUGAUUGGAUGGUUGGACUGGGCUUGUUAGUGGAACUGAGAGAGUAAAAAAUAUUUAGCUCGACAGAAGAUGUGACGGGUUGUGUGUGUGUCAUGGACGAACUCAUCUCAACGAACUCACUAGAGAAAGAAAACCACAAAGCCAACAAACACACUUUAGGGUAUUAGACAUUAUCUUAUAUGAAAAACAUAACGGUGAGAAGUGAUUCUUUCAAUAUCAUAAUCUGCAAACAGGUAGGAUAACAGGAGGAUCGCAAGUUCUAAUCUAAAUCAGAGACACGUGGCACAUUGUCCCCACGUGUGACCACAUCAGGUGGGACUCCAAGAGUGAAAGUACUACCCAUCGGACUCUACUUGUGGACUCUGUAUCCAUCUUCUGUUCUUUCAAAGUGUGCUCUUAACCAAGGUUGCUAGUAGGCUCUAUUCUAUGUAAUACAAUAUUAUAUGUUCAAUACUGUACAUUGCUCAGAAAAUACAAAUGGCUCAACAACUCAGUACUUAGAGAAAAAUGACAAUAUUUAUAAUUAAGUUAUAUAUUGUACAUAAAAAGAAAACAAAACAUAGUUUGCAUUUUGAAUUUUAUUCUGUUAACCCUGCCUCUGUGUCACACCGCAAGUCAUACGGAUGUGGAAAACCGACCGGUGGACAAGGGACACAGUCAAACUUUGACUGAUGAAGUUACCUCUGUUGUGUCAAAAUAAAAAGAAUUUUGCUAUAAUAUAAUGCAAGCGAAUGUGUCAACAUGCAGAUUAUUUUUUGAUAGAUUAGUUAGAAAAUGAUAAAGUUAUCAUUCCCACUUCCCCAGCAACAUCUUACCAACACAUUUUGCUCUAUCAGCAAACCAAAAGAGUUUAAGGAGAAAGCAGAAGAGCAACAAAUCUUCCCCCUCUUUUAAAUGAUAUCAGUCGAUAAUCACAGUAAUUAAAUAUGUAUUGUCUGUCAGGCAAUAAUAGCAAAUUAUUUUGGCUGCAACUCGUCUUUCACUCAGUUGGGUGCUUUUAUCAAAUGGCAGAAAAAUAAAAAUCAAAGUUUGCCUCUGUCCCGCCUCCGUGUGAGCGAUGGUGGAAAGUACUCAGCGACUAAAAGCAAGCAAAUGCAUACACAACCACUGUUACCAACCUUUCCCUUUCUUCUGCAUUGUUUUUAUGAUUUCUUUUAAAUCAUAAUGCAUUUUUAUUCAGCCACUUCUGCACUAAAAUGCCUGACAAGGUCUUAACUAAGGGUGCACUUUAUGUAUUUUACUUACUUUGUUGUUACGAUUGUUACAUUAGGAGUAAGUGAAAGUGGGCGUGGGAUCCGUCAGAUCGCCGAUCAGUGCUAACCAGACUACGACAGACACUUAUGUGAAUUGCAAUGCAGUGGUGAGUGACAAUGUUCAGAAUCUGGGAUGAUAUAUAGACUUUCUAGCACAAGAGGUAUGUAUUGGCUCAGAUAUUUCACUCUGUCCAGUUCAGGUUUGUUAAGAUAGUUUGUCUGUUUAGAGAGGCAAAUCAUAUUUAAGUAACUCCACCUCAUAAAAAUAUAUUCCUCGAACUCUAAAUCACUGGUUUUGACACCAUGUCCACUGGCACACGUCUUCUAAAUAAAUCGAACCUACUGCAACAACAAAAGACUGAGAUUUCAGUAUCCAGGAGCUCUGUAAUUUGGAGUUUGAGUCAUAGAGAUGAUGAAUAAUGAAAAUAUUGAAGUAAUUUAUAUAUGUGGGAAUGAUUAUAGACUAUUUGUCUGUAACAUUUUAUUUUGGAUGUCUGAUAAAGAAUAAAUGGAGACAGUUGUCCUCAGUUUUACCUGCUACUGGAGAGAAGCCCUACUUAACUUUACAGAAAUGAAGGUAUAAACUGUAUUAUACUUAAUUUAAACAGGACUUUUUAAGUUGAGGUUAUUUGAGGGUGUAUGGUUUCAAGCUAUCUGUGUAUAUUAGUUCGCUGUAAAUAGUCUGAUGCAUGUUCUAUUCUUUCCAUGACCUCAAGCAGAAACAUGUAUAGCAGUGUCUCUGGUGUGUGUGUGGUACAACGUUUGGAUUAAGAUGAGGAGACUGCUAUCCCCCGAACUUAUCCUUGUCAUUUUCCCUCAACCACGCCAGACAAAAAAGUUCUUUUUAUUUUAUUUUAACAUAUUUGCUUGCUGAGCAGAGUUCUCUUGUCUGUAAAUGUGAGCUUUCAGAUCGCUGUGAAGUUUAAUUAAAAACAAUAAAAAAGAAUGUGUUUUUAUCUCAUGA